AAAAAUGAAAGUGUUGUACGCGGUGGUUUUUCUUGGCCUUCUUUGCCUGGCCCACGAGGCCAAAGCCCAGUAUCAACGUUGCUUGAAUCCCAACCAGCGAAGUGGCUUCUGUGUACAAAUCAAGCAAUGUCAGACACUGUACUCCGUGUUGCAGCAGGAUCGAUUAACCGAUUCGCAAAAGUUGUUUAUCAAGAACUCAGCUUGUGGCAUGAGCGCUGAUAGGCAACCUUUUGUAUGUUGCACUCAAGAUACAGGAUAUACCGGAAGGACACAGAGAUUGACACCUUCAUUUCCGGACUAUGAAGGUUUUGGUGGCGAUUGGGAGGAAGAGCGUCCCACUAGAUUUACCUUUCCCAAUCAACAAGUCACUCGUCCCUGGAGCUUUGGUCAGCCGCAAGCCAGAGAUAGGAGUUCUGUACAGACUUCCACUUUCAAUGGAGCUGAUGGCUCUAGACUAUUGCCACAGCCACCCAAUUGUGGGGGCGUGGCCAUUAAGAACAGGAUCUAUGAUGGCGAGGAUGCUGACCUCAAUGAGUUUCCCUGGAUGGUUUUAUUGGAGUAUCGUCGUCGCACUGGUAAUGGACUGGCCACCAGUUGUUCAGGAUCGCUGAUCAAUCAGCGUUAUGUCCUUACAGCGGCCCAUUGUUUGACGGGAAGGAUAGAAAGGGAAAUCGGAACACUUGCCUCUGUGAGAUUGGGUGAGCAUGACACACGUACCGCCGUGGACUGUCCCGCCGGCGGUGGCGGUUGCUCCCAGGAGGCCCAGCGCCUCGGUUUCGAGGAGAUCCGGGUUCAUGAAAGAUAUACGGAAAAGUCGAAGAACCAACUCCAUGACAUUGGUCUUAUUCGCUUGGAUCGGAAUGUGCGAUACACGGACAAUAUUCGACCCAUUUGCAUGCCCUCGUCUGUGGGUCCGGAAAUGCGUCAGUCGGGUCAAUCCUUUACGGUUGCUGGAUGGGGUCGCACCCUGAAGAUGGCCCGGAGUCCUAUUAAGCAGAAAGUUGAAGUGAAUUAUGUGGAGCCGGCAAAGUGUCGUCAGCGAUUCUCACAGAUUAAAAUUGCCGUUGAGUCCACACAACUGUGUGCCGGUGGACAGUUUGGACAGGAUAGUUGUGAUGGAGAUUCUGGAGGACCAUUGAUGCGAUUCCGUGGAGAUUCUUGGGUCCUGGAGGGCAUUGUGUCCUUUGGCUACAAGUGUGGUCUGAAGGACUGGCCAGGAGUUUAUACAAACGUUGCUGCCUAUGAUAUCUGGAUCAAGCAGAAUAUUGUAUCUAUAUAUCUAUAUAUUCAUAUAUCAAUGCAGCUUAGUUCGUUUCUUCAAUUAUGGAUUUUCUUAAGCUCUUGUUUGUUGACAUUGGCUGAGAUCGAUUUAAGGGAUAUGGUUUAUCAGCAAUGUGAUAUUCCCAAUGAAUCGAAGAGAGGCAUCUGCCUGGAGGUCAGCAAAUGUGCGGCAUAUCUUCAGGUGCGAAAUGCCACAAAUUUGCCGGCGGAAAAGGUGAACUUCCUCAAGAAGGUUCAGUGUGAUAUGGAGCAGAGGAUGGGGGAUACUGAAAGUGCCUAUGAAUCCCUUGUCUGUUGUCCUGCCAAUGGUCAGGAUUAUCUAUUUCCUGUUCUGCAAUUCUCCAAGUUUGAGUACCGGCGUUUCCUGGACGUGACUUCUCGGUUUAAGCGUAAAAAGUUAAAGCGUCGCAUUCAGACUGUGGAACCUAGUUCUGGAUUUAAUCUGCUCAAUGAGUGUGGCAAACAGGUGACCAAUAGGAUCUAUGGCGGUGAAAUUGCCGAACUGGAUGAGUAUCCCUGGCUGGCACUGCUCGUCUACAACUCAAAUGAUUAUGGCUGCAGUGGCGCCUUGAUUGAUGAUCGUCAUAUUCUCACAGCCGCCCAUUGUGUUCAAGGAGAAGGAGUACGUGAUCGAAGGGGAUUAAAACAUGUUCGUUUGGGUGAAUUUAAUGUUAAAACGGAGCCGGAUUGCAUUGAGGAACCAAAUUACUUGAGCUGUGCCGAUGCCGCCUUGGAUAUAGGUUAUGAGACAAUCCAUGUGCAUCCGGAGUACAAGGAGUUUUCCAAUUAUAAAUACAAUGAUAUAGCUAUUAUUCGACUGAAGCAUCCCGUAUCUUUUACGCAUUUUGUAAUGCCAAUAUGUCUGCCCAAUAGAACGGAGCCUUUGACCUUAGCCGAGGGUCAGAUGUUUUCGGUUUCCGGUUGGGGAAGAACGGAUUUGUUCAACAAAUACUUCAUCAACAUCCAUAGUCCCAUCAAAUUAAAGCUAAGGAUUCCCUACGUUUCCAAUGAGAACUGCACCAAGAUUCUGGAGGCCUUUGGUGUCCGUUUGGGUCCGAAACAGAUCUGUGCCGGUGGGGAGUUCGCCAAGGAUACGUGUGCAGGAGACUCUGGAGGUCCUUUAAUGUACUUUGACCGGUUGCACUCACGAUGGGUGGCCCACGGUGUGGUCAGCUAUGGAUUCACUCAAUGUGGAAUGGCUGGAAAACCGGCGGUGUACACAAAUGUGGCAGAGUACACGGAUUGGAUCGAGGGCGUUGUCCAGAUGGAAAAGGCCAAGAACCAACAGACGCAAUCGCAGCAACAGAAACAGCAGCAAAAGCAGCUGUCUUGACGUCAGAUUUCUAUAAUUCUACUUUCCGAAAAGGGAAGAACAAUUGGCGCCUAAUUAAAAUGGGCGGGGCAGCUGUUCUGAUCCAAUAUUCAGAUCUAUUUGCAUCCCGUUCAUAUUUGUACAUAUUUUGCUAAUUACCUAACAGCCAUCAACUAUUUGGUUAAGCGUGUGAGUGAGUGAGUGAG